AUGCCAAUCGCUACUUUCAAUUCCCCAGUGCGAUUUAGCACAUUUUCGAAGAGGCGGUCGAAACUCUCACCAGUGAUUGGAUAUCCAGACGCAUUACCUCAUCCGCAGCAUCACCAUCAACAUCAAUUGGCACACAAUCGGCGCCUUCCAGCCCUCCAAUUGUGCUCAGACGUUCUUGAGUACAUAUUCCUGUUGGCCGCGGAACGGGAAUACACAACGGAUAACCCUCGUCGAACCAUCAUCUCCUAUUCUCACAUAUGCCACGACUGGCGUGCCAUCGUUCUGUCGCUCAAAAGGCUCUGGUCACGCCUUGUCGAUUUCGAAGAAGCUUCAUGCGAAUGGAACUUAGAAAUGCUGCGUAGAUCGCAUCCUCUGCCUAUUCGCGUGUCCUACAACGCCACCCUUGCUCCACGCAAUGCACAGGUGCUCAAGCUGCAAAUGGACUGUCUGGACAGGAUCCGCAGCUAUACCCUGUGCUGCCCGGACACGGACUGGGACCUCCUUGUCGCGCUGCUGGACAGCAGACCCGCGCCCUCCCUGGAGAAGCUCUCCAUCACAUGUUGUCGCUCGUUUGGCGCGAUCGGCUCCCGGCCCGCCCUGCUUCCAGUAUCAUUGUUCGGUGGAUGUGCGCCCAACCUCAGGCGCUUGUAUCUCAACGAGUGUGGGAUUGAUUUCCGAGCAGCACGGUUCUUGAGAUCCCUGACAUCGUUACAGGUCGUGGAUCUCAGCUACGAUAUUGCGCCUACGGCUCUAGAGUGGUUAGAUAUCCUUCAGGAUAUGCCGAAGCUAACUCAAUUAUCACUUCAAGGUGCUAUAUUACCCUCUCAGUAUCGACCACAACGACUUGCCCGAAUCAACGGCGAUCAGGAUGGGUACACUGUGCCCAUAAUUACCAACCUUAACCUUGAUGGGUCUCUUUCUGAUAUUGCUUUCGUAGUGGAUAACCUCGUAAUGCCUCCUAGUUGUCAUUGGACAUUGACAUGCUCCGAUUGCAUACCUGGAUCAAGUCUCGAUCUUCUUAUUGACUCUCUCACAAAAUUCAUUGACGACUCGACGUAUAUACCCGCAAUUUCGACACGCCACCUCUCAAUAGCAGCGCAAACCUCUAACAUAUUCCUGACCAGCGAAAUAGCUUCUCCUGGUUCUAACAAAGAGGCUCCAGUGGGAUUCUACAUCAAUCUUCGCACACGCUCCCAUACUCAAUGGGACACCCUCUUCCCUAUAGUCGCAUCCGGACUAUCAGAAAUCAUUCCCAUCAUUACAUCCCUCGAACUCGCUCUCCCAAUCGCUCAUCCAUCUUUACUCCCUCUUCUCCGCCGAGCCUCGUCGCUGGACAUGCUCAUGAGACUGUCAGGGAAACUGUCAAAGACGUUACUUCCUGCGUUCCAGUCGCUCACUCCCACGGGUGGCCUACUGCUCCCUUCAUUACGCAGCAUCGUCUUCACUGAUGACUCUUUAGUCUGGGGGGAAAGUUACCGCAACCUUCUGUCGUUCCUGAGGUGGCGAUCUCAGAUGGGCGCUCCGAUCCAGCGUGUGUUCUUCUUGAGAUGCUUUGUCCUCGAAGCCGUCGUAAAGGAACUUAAUUCGUUGGGUGUGAGCGUUGAAGGUGCAUUGGAAGGACUUCGUUGGCAGAACCUAUAA